AUGCUGCCACCCAGCCGCCUCCUUCCUGCCCUGGUCCUGCUCCUGGCAGGGUCCCCCAGCGGGGCCUGGGUCCCCAACCACUGCUGGGCCCCCCAGCACACCCUGUGCAACUUCGUGUGCGACUGCAGGGACUGCUCCGAUGAGACGCAGUGUGGUUACCACGGGGCCUCACCCGCCCCUAGCGCCCCCUUCGCCUGCAGCUUCGAGCAGGACGCCUGUGGCUGGCGGGACAUCAGCACCUCAGGGUGCCGCUGGCUCCGGGACCGGGCGGGGGCCACGCUGGGGGGCCCCGGGCCGCGCACAGACCACACUCUGGGCACUGACCUAGGCUGGUACGUGGCUGUGGGCACGCAUCGCGGGAAAGAGCCGUCCGUGGCAGCCCUGCGCUCCCCCGUCCUGCGGGAGGCGGCCCCCACCUGUGAGCUGCGGCUCUGGUACCAGGCGGCCUCCGCAGACGUGGCUGAGCUGCGGCUGGAGCUGACGCAUGGCACCGAGACACUGGCCCUGUGGCAGAGCUCGGGGCCCUGGGGCGCCGGCUGGCAGGAGCUGGUGGUGGCCCCCGGCCGCGUCCGGGGCGACUUCUGGGUGACCUUCUCUGCCACCCGCAACGCCACCCACAGGGGGGCUGUGGCCGUGGACGACGUGACCUUCUGGGGCUGUGGGCUGCCCCCCCCCCAGGCCAGCUGCCCGCCGGGGCAUGACCGCUGCCAGAACCGGGCCUGCGUGGAGCCCCACCAGGUGUGCGACGGGGAGGACGACUGCGGGGACGGCUCAGACGAGGACACGCCCCGAUGCAGCCGCCACAUACCCACCGACUUCGAGACCGGCCUGGGCCUGUGGCGCCGCGCGGAGGGCUGGACCCGGAACCACAGCGCCAGGGUCCCCGAGCGCCCCGCCUGGCCGCGCCGAGACCACAGCCGCAACAGCCCACGGGGCUAUUUCCUGGUGUCCGUGGCCGAGCCCCACGCCCCUGCUCUUCUCUACGGCCCCGAGCUCCAGGCCUCAGGCCCCCUCAACUGCUCGCUCGUCCUCUACCUCCACCUGCACGGGUCCCCGGCCGGCCGCUUCCGGCUGUACCUGCAGGCUCAGGGCCCCCAGGCCCCCCGGGGCCCCGUCCUGCUGCGCUGCCGCCACGGGGAGCUGGGGGACGCCUGGGUCCGAGACCGAGUGGACAUCCAGAGCGAACACAGCUUCCGGAUCCUCCUGGCGGGGCACACGGGCCCGGGGGGCGUCGUGGGCCUGGACGACCUCAUCCUCUCUGAGGGCUGCACACCAGCCCCGGAGGCGCCCCGCCCGCCCUCGGGGCCCUGGCCCCUGGCCCCCAGGCCCUGGCCUGUUGCUCUGCAGCCCCAGGGGCCCUGUGAGCCUGGACACCUCCUCUGUGGAAACCGGUGUGUGCCCCCCGAGCAGCUGUGUGACUUCCGGCCCCAGUGCGAGGGCGGCGAGGACGAGCAGGAGUGCGGCUCCACAGACUUUGAGACCCCUGCCGCCGGGGGCUGGGAGGAUGCCAGCGUGGGGCGGCUGCAGUGGGGGCGCCUCCGGGCGGAGGAGGGCAGGGGCCCCGGCACGGACGCCAGCGGGGCUGCAGCUGGGCACUUCCUGUCCCUGCAGGGGGCCUGGGGACAGCGGACGGCAGCGGCCAGGGCCCUCACGCCCCCCCUGGGCCCCUCCGGCCCCCACUGCGCGCUCCACAUGGCCUACUUCCUUCAGAGCCACCCCCAAGGCUUCUUGGCGCUGUUGGUGGUGGAGGGCAGUGCCCGGGAGCUGGUGUGGGAGGCCCGGAGCAGCCCCGGCGCCUGGAAGCGGGACACAGUCCCCCUGGGGCAACGCCGCCGGCCUUUCCAGCUGGAGUUUGUUGGCCUCGUGGACUGGGAAGGCCCUGGCCAGCAGGCCGCCGGGGUGGACAGCCUGACCCUGAAGGACUGCAGCCCCGCCCUGGCCACCGCGACAGACACAGAGAUCUCCUGUAACUUCGAGCGGCACACGUGCGGCUGGCACACGGGCCACCUCACCGACGCCCACUGGCACCGGGUGGAGAGCCGCGGGCCUGGGUACGACCACACCACGGGCAAAGGCUACUUCAUGCUCCUGGACCCCACGGACCCGCCGGCCCGGGGCCCUGGUGCCCACCUGCUCACCCAGCCCCAGACGCCGGCAGCCCCUCAGGAGUGCCUGUCCUUCUGGUACCACCUCCACGGGCCCCAGAUCGGGACGCUGCGCCUGGUGCUGAGGCAGGGCGGGAAGGACACCCACCUGUGGUCACGGUCUGGCACCCACGGCAACCGCUGGCUCGAGGCCUGGGCCACUCUGGACCACCAGCCGGACCGGGGCGCCCAGUACCAGCUGCUGUUCCAGGGCCUGCGGGACGGCUUCCUGGGAUCCAUGGCGCUGGACGACGUGGCCCUGCGGCCCGGGCCCUGCUGGGCCCCCGAGCGCUGCUCCUUCGAGGACUCGGCCUGCAGCUUCUCCACCGGGGACCGCUGGACGCGCCGGGCCAGCGCCACGGGCCACGCCUGGGGCCCCGGGGCCGACCACACUACAGAGACGGCUCAUGGGCACUACAUGAUCGUGGACACGAGCCCACGGGCCCUGCCCAGCGGCCACGUGGCCUCUCUGACUUGGGCGGAGCACCGGCCCCUGGCCCAACCCGCCUGCCUGACCUUUUGGUACCACCUGAGCCUCCGGAACCCAGGUGCCCUGCAGGUCCGCGUGGAGGAGGCAGAGCGGCACCAGGUGCUGACCAUCCGUGAGCGUGGAGGGCCGGCCUGGCGCCUGGGCGGAGUGGACGUGCAGGCACAGCGGGCGUGGAGGGUGGUGUUCGAGGCCGUGGCCGCUGGCGUGGAGCACUCCUACGUGGCGCUGGACGACCUGCUGCUCCAGGACGGGCCCUGCCCUCCGCCAGCUUCCUGUGACUUUGAGACAGGCCUGUGUGGCUGGAGCCACCUGUCCUGGCCCGGCCUGGGAGGGUACAGCUGGGACUGGAGCAGUGGAUCCACACCCUCCCGGUACCCCCAGCCCCCCGUGGACCACACCCUGGGCACCGCCGCAGGCCACUUUGCUCUCUUUGAGACAGGUGUGCUAGGGCCGGGGGGCCGGGCAGCCUGGCUGCGCAGCCAGCCCCUGCCCCCGACCCAGGCCUCCUGCCUCCGCUUCUGGUACCACAUGGGCUUCCCUGAGCACUUCUACAAGGGCGAGCUGAGGGUGCUCCUGAGCAGUGCACGGGGCCAGCUGGCCGUGUGGGGCGCGGGCGGGCGCCGGCGGCACCAGUGGCUGGAAGGCCAGGUGGAGGUGGCCAGUGUGGAGGAGUUCCAGAUUGUGUUUGAGGCCACUCUGGGCGGCCAGCCAGCCCUGGGGCCCAUUGCCCUGGACGACGUCGCGUAUCUGCCUGGGCAGCGCUGCCAGCGGCCUGUGCCCAGCCAGGGGGGCUCGGCGGUGGCCGCGGUGCCCGGCGCAGUUGGCAUUGCCCUGCUCGUGCUCCUGGUGCUGCUUGGACUCACGGGGUGGCAAUGGCUGCGGAAGGGGGGCUGCCCCUGCAGGGACAGGACGGUGGCCGCGGCCCCCGGCUUUGACAACAUUCUCUUCGACACGGAUCAAGUCACCCUGCCAGCGUCCGUCACCAACGGCCCCUAG